UCAGACUUUUGGAAGCGCAUGGUGGAUCCGGAUAAUAAUUGGAGCCCCCCUCUACCUGAAAAACACGACCAAAAACUUUUCUUCCUCUUCCAAUCUUUUCUCUCUAUACACACACACACUCUCUCUCUCUCUCUAAUCGUUCCUUAUCAUCUUUAUCUCGAUUCCGUCUACGAUGAGCUCGGAGGAAGCCAAGGUCGUUGUGCCAAGGAACUUUAGGUUGUUGGAAGAGCUAGAGAGAGGAGAGAAAGGUAUCGGAGAUGGUACGGUAAGCUAUGGAAUGGACGACGCUGAUGAUAUCUAUAUGCAAUCCUGGACUGGCACCAUUCUCGGCCCUCAUAAUACUGCAUACGAUGGGAAAAUCUUCCAGCUCAAACUCUUCUGUGGUAAGGAAUACCCAGAGAGUCCACCAAGUGUCAAGUUCCAGACCCGGAUUAACAUGGCCUGCGUUAACCCUCAGACUGGAGUGGUUGAACCGAGUCUCUUUCCUAUGCUCGCUAACUGGCGCCGAGAAUACACUAUGGAGGACAUUCUGGUUAAACUUAAAAAAGAAAUGAUGACUUCACAUAACCGCAAGUUAGCUCAGCCCCCGGAAGGUACCGAGGAAGCUAGGGCUGAUCCAAAGGGACCAGCUAAAUGCUGUGUGAUGUGAAGAGAGAGAAGUUGGGGCUGUCAACAAUUUGUAUUAAUAUAAAAGACAAUGUAUAUAAAACAUCAUUUGAAGCUUUUGAAAAUUGCCUACAACUUAAUGUCAUAGUGUUGUUUGAGAUUAUUUAUAUAUAUAUGCACCAAUAACAGGUAAUGAUCAUCCUAAUAAAUCUUCUCUUUACAUA